GUGUCGACUCGAAUACGUCAUCAUUCUCAAAUCUCCCAGUGAGUUUGAAAUCGCCAAAGUUUGUGAAGAGUAAAGAAUCGAACAUAAAAUUUACGGGAAAUAACGGUACUUCAAAGACGGCAAGUAAAACCAGGUGUAGCGGAAAAACCCGAAACCUUUACUGUGUAAUGGAAACUUUCUAUGAAGCAGAGAAAAAGACUGGUUUUAAUAGCAGCGUAACCCUAACCACCCAGGCCACAACAGGUUUCGAGCACCACGUCGAAGAGCUCUGUCGCCGAUGGCAAGGGCCUGUUUCGGUCGCUCUCUAUUCUCCGGGUGAGGACUUUCGAUCAGCCAGAGAAAACGUAGAAUAUCUCAGACGAUGCCGUGAUGCGUGUGUACGGGAGUGGGUCACGUGGCAUCUUUUUUAUGAUUGGUCCCAUCCACCAGACGAUUCUUUACUAAAGACACCAGGCGAUUUUAAAGAUGACAAUUGCAGUUCUAAACCUUCGUCGAAAUCCAUAAGUUACGUCAGAAAGAAGAACCUUCCAUACCCAAUUAACGUAGCUCGUAACGUCGCCAGACUGGCCGCUAAAACUCAAUACGUCCUCGCCUCUGACGUUGAACUUUACCCCAGCGAAAACAUUAUUCCUCGGUUUCUUAACCUUAUCGAAGAUUUAAAGAACAAAACCACGAACUUCUCAACAAAGAGACAGGUAUUCGUGCUACCAGUUUUUGAAGUAAAGUUGGAGACACAACCACCAAUUAACAAGAAAGAGUUGAGAAGCCUGAUGGCAAAGAAAAUAGCUGUAUCUUUUCAUAAAUACGCUUGUGACACGUGCCAUAGAAUUCCAAAGCUACAAAGUUGGUUAAAAGCUCGAAGCCCGCCAACAAAGUUGAAUAUUUUCCUCACAACUAAGAGAGAAAAUAGAGGGAAUACUGGCGGGUGGGAGCCUUUUUUCAUAGGAACCAACGAGGACCCGCUGUUUGAUGAGGGACUGACGUGGAACGGGAAGCUGAAUAAAAUGCAAAUCGNACUUGAACUCUGUGUCUUAAAUUACGAUCUUCACAUCCUUGAUGACGCUUUCCUCGUGCACGCCCCUGGCAUCAAACGGUUCGACAAAGAUUAUCGCAGUCUAAGACGUCCAUUUGAAGCCAACAACCGGAGAGUCUUCAGAAAAAUCCAGGAAAAACUACGACAGAAAUAUAACACUCAAAAAUGCUGAAAAAAUCUCCGAUUUUUCACUGAAACCAUUAAGUCUCGUUAAUCACAUUGAUUUUACGAAACCAUAGUCUGUGACACAGAUUUGAAAAUGGAGUAUCGUUUACUUUAAACACCAGACGCAACUUUUCAAGCAUCCUCAGAUGUAGAUGUACAUCCCUACUGUUCAAGACAUCCAUGGACGUUUUCUUAAUUGUUUUACCAUUAUGGUGGUAGUAAUACUAAUAAGUACGAUAAGGUAAUAAUUAUCAUAAUUUAUUUAUUUCAGGAAGUGGGUGGGAACUAGACGGGUAGUGAUUGGUGUAGAGUGAUGUGUAUGGAACCAGUUUUAUAUAGCUGGCAUUAAACUUCAAAUUUUUCAAUUGGGAUAAAAAGAAAAACUCAUCACCAACUCGGUCAUAUUCAGUAACAUGUAUAACAUAUAGACUUAGUUUUCUGUCAACAUUUCAAGGUAGAUCAAAACAACUUUUGUAACCAAACUAUAAGGAAAACAAGAAUGAAAACUAUUAUCUCUUAUGGUUACAUAGUUUGUUCGUUAAUCCAUAAAUCUACAUAUUUAUUAUUCACUCUUCUUCAGAAUUCAAAAUUAACUUUUGUUUUGGCUUUAUUCUGAACAUCAUGGACUUUUAUUAUAGGCCUGAAAAGUGUCGUUUAUCAACUUUUCAUACUUUUAAUUCAAUAACCCCAAUCUUUGUCAAACAAAAAAAGCAAGAAAUGGUGUAACUAUUCUUCUUAGUGGAACGAAUAUCAUAAUCUGAAUAUUGCUUCCCUGAAUGAUGUUUAUAAUGUAUAUGGUUGAUGUAACAUAGAACAAAUUCUUACAUUUCAUUCAGAAACACAUGGGGGGGGGGGAGCUAUAGUUCGAACAAUAGAUGACAUUGCAUCAUUUUAUUCACGUGCUGUAACAAUGAAUUUAUAUUAAGAUCGUCUCUUAAUUCAUCCAAGAAUCAUCGCUAAAUAAAACUUGAUGUGGUAAAACAAACAAAAACAAACUUGCAUGUAAAUUCAGUUUUUACAGGAUUUUAAUAAAAUGAUAGUGUCGGUAACGUAAAGUUGUUUUAUUAUACUGUUUUUAUAAUUCAUUCCCUACUGAUCUAGCUAAAACAGGAUUUUGUUUGUUUUUAGCUCAAGCGUUUUGGGGAUAGAUUUAACCUAUUUUGUAAUUAAUAAUAAAUAUGCAAUAUUCUUUAAGCUUUUGAACAUGUAUUUAGAGCUGUUCUUUAUUCAUAUAAAUAAUUUAUCCAAUCUCAUAAAAUAAUCAGUUUGACUUGCAAUGAUGCAA